AUGGAUAACUUAGAUGUAAACACUAAAUUUAAGAUUAUUUCUACAAAUUUAAGUAGUAUACCAAGCUAUGAUGGAAAUGCAGAUGCUCUUUUAAGUUUUGUACAAAGAAUUGAUUUAAUGAUACCCAUAUUAGAAUCAUUCCCUAUAGAGUUUAAAAUUUUGCUUAUGGGUAAUAUUAAAGACAAAAUAAUUGGAAGUGCAAGAAGAUCAAUUCUAAUUAAUGGCAAUGUAGAUACCUGGCCGGAAAUAAAGAAAAUUUUAGUUGAUAAUCACGGCGAACAAAAAUCUGUUGAUGAGUUAAUUGAUAAAAUAAGAUCUUGUCGGUGUGAUUCAACUAUAGAAAAUUUUUAUAAUAAUCUAAAUGCUUUAUUAUGUCGCUUAAAUAAUGCUCUGUAUUUUAGUUAUAACAAUUCCUUAGAAAUUAAUUGUGAAAGUAAUGGCAGAAUUGCUCUCAAUUCUUUCAAAUAUGGAUUACCGGAGCCUGUUAGGAAUAUUAUUGUGAGCAGGAAUCCGAAAAAUUUAAAAGACGCGUGUGACAUAAUAAAAUCCAAUGGGUAUCUGAAAUAUAACAAUAAAAAAUAUUGUGAUCAUCCACCAGACUUUGGUAAAAAAUUUGUGCUUACAACUGAUGCAUCUCAGUUCGCUAUUGGCGCGGUACUAAGCUAA